GAUAGACAUGUAUCAUUGUUGGCGCGACGACGGUCUGCAAGCAAACUUGACCAUGACGGUACGGGCAUGCUAACCCUUUAGAAGUAAUAUUUGCAUUGGCUUCUUAGUCCUUAGCAUGUCGACAUGUGUAGCGACGCCGCCGACGCGCAACCACAUGAUGCCCCUGCGCGUGGCCAGUCUUUUGCACUUGCGCAACGGCCCAGGUGCUGUUCUGCACGGGAAUUGUAGCGAUACAUUGCGCCGGAGUGCGGUUCGGGGGCUCUUGUGGACCACGCCCGCGGUGGCUAACCCGCACGCCGCGGCUGACGCGCUGCCACUCGCCUCGUCGCCGCAUGCUCUCGGACCCAGCUAUGCCAAGCCCUCAGCCCAGCAUUCCAACGAUGCAGGCACCCAAAUCACAGAAAGCUCAGCAUCAGGUGCUUCCAACAAAAGCGCGCCUGGCGCUUCUGUUUUCCUGGAGCUAAACGGCAAACCGGCGGCAUCGGGUUCAGGGACGACCAGCUCCGCCGCCGCCACCACCACCACCGGCCCGCGACAGGCGGGUGCCUUGGUCGGCGGCGGAUCAGAACGGCCACCUCAGGCCACACAAGCAAACAGCAACCGGGACAGGGUAAACGCCGAGCGGCAGGGCGCCGGCGCCGGGCGUAAGCAGGGGCGGAGUCCUGGGACUCCAGGCACUCGGCCCUCGGGCCGGGGAGCUGGUGGUGGCGGCAGCGGUGCUGGAGGCGGGCGAGGCGACCGAGGCGCCGCCCGCGGCGGCGGGCCGAAGGCUGCGCCAUCACCCCCGCCUCCACCAUCGCCACCGCCACCGCCUCCGCCUCCGCCGCCGGACCACAGCAACGGCGGCUACACGCUUGUGUCCACACCUGAGGAGCUGGAGCUGAUGCUGGACCAGCUGGCUGUAGCAGCAGCCGGCGGCCAGGCGGCGGGCGGCGGCAGUAGCAGUAGCGGUGGCAACGGCAGCACAGGCGGCAGUAGCAAUAGCAGUAGCAGUAGCAGCAGCGGCGGCGGUGGUCAUGGCCUGGGGGCGCUUGCGAUAGACUGCGAAGGCCUGGAGCUGGGCCGUCCUGGCGGCAAGUUGUGCCUGCUGCAGCUGUCUGCCCGCGUGGGCGGCCGCUCCGGGCGCUGCCUGUCCAUCUGGUUGGUUGACGUGGCAGCACUGGGCGCCCGCGCCUUCGCCCACCGCUCCCGACAGCCCGGGCCAGGGCUGGCGGGGGCGCCGUUCAGCCUGCGGGGUCUACUGGAGGACGAGCACGUGCCCAAGCUGCUAUACGACGUGCGCAGUGACGCCGCCGCGCUGUGGUCCGAGUACGGCGUGCGGCUGCGCGGCGUCACGGACCUGCAGCUGGCUGACGUGGCGGCGCGGCAGGCGGAGGAGGGCGCGCGGCGGGCGGCCUGGGUGGAGGGGCUGGUGCGCUGCCUCAGCCGGCGACUGGCGGCGGACGGGCGCGGCGGCGCGGGUGUGCCGCCGCGCCUGGCUGAUGACCUGGCGGCGGCCACCGCCAUUGCCAAGCGCUACCAUGACGGCGGCAACACGCAGGUGUGGACGCAGCGGCCUCUGACGCCCGAGCUGUCCGAGUACGCGGCCACGGACGUGCGCUACCUGCACGCGCUGGAGGAGGCGCUGAGGCGGCGGCUCAGCCGGGAGCUGCUGGACAAGGUGGCUGUGGAGACUCGCAAGCGCAUCACCACACCCGCACCCAACAGCAAGGACGCCCGUGCGGCGGCACCGCUCAUGGUCUCUUCCCGCCCUGGCAGUGGCAGCGGUGGCGGUGCCUCUCUUGUCGGGACAGCUGACCGCGGCAGCGGCAGCGGCAGCGGCGCCACAUCCUCAAGUGGCGCCGGCCCUGCAGGGGCAAGUGGGGGCGCUGGCGGCGGCGGUGGCGGCGGCCACAUGGGUCUCAUGGAGGGGCUGGUGGCGGCGCUGCUGCUGCACUACGACACUGAGCAGCGGCGGCGGGAGCAGCAGGCGCAGGCACAGGCGCAGACUCAGCGGCCGGUGACGCAAUAUGGGACCCAAGCCGCGUCAGAAGGAACGUCGUCCACAGCAGCAGAAACUGCCGCUGCUGAGACCACACCUCCCACACCUGCAACCGCGGCCAACCCAUCGUCAUUCUUCCCACAGCCCCACUCGCAAAGUUCAGCAGCCUCAGGCACACCCAGUAGGGGUGCAACGGCCGUUGCUGCUGCUUCCGCCCCAGGCCCGGCUCCCGGCAGCGGCGGCUCCAGCGCCACACGCAGCGGCGGCCUAGUAGCGGCGCGGCCGCCGCCGCCUCCCCGGCCGCCGCUGCUGGUGCCUGCGGAGCAAACACUGGACACCGCGGCGCGCGAGCUGCUGGAGCUGGGGCUGCGGCCCGAGGCCCCGCGGGGCGCCUGGGCCGCGCCACCGCCGCGGCCCAGGCUGCCGCCAGCUACAGCCGCUACAGCCCAGCCGUCACCAGUUGCUGGCCAGCCGGCAGCAGGCGGUAGCCUUUCAGGCGGCAAUAGCACCGGCGGCGGUGGAGAGGGCUGCAAUGAGGCCACGCAGGCGGCGCCAGAGGGGGAGUUGGGGGCGCUGGAGGCGCCGGAGGCGGCGGCGGCGCGACGGGCGCGGCUGGCCGCGGUGUGGUGGCUGCUGCGGGCUGAGCGGGCGCUGUCGCAGCCUGGUUCCCGGCUGUUGCAGGAUUUGGCGGUAGCACGGGAUCCGGGGCUGCGAUGGCUGGUGGGGACGGCAGAACCGGGGGCCGGUAGAGUUGGUCGGCGGCAGGCUUGAGGAAUAGCUCAGUAUGCAGGAUCUGAAACCUUGAGCGGGCUAGAGCGGGCGGCCAAGUCGGGCGACGGGGACCGCGACUACUGCCGCACGGUUGAAACAAGAAGUACAAAUGGCCUACCGCUUGUUUAUGCCAAGCAUUUUGCCAGCGUGUCAGCGCGGAUGUUUGGAGGCAUGCCACACAACCACACUUCUCGUUCUCGGAAGUC